AUGUCCAUGGGGAUGUCCGUCGGACAAAGCGUCGACCCAGCGCCCACCCCCACAACCACGACCACAAUCGCACACAGUCCGCAUCCCGCAAUCCGCAAUCGACCUACCCAACGCCCAUUCACCCUGUUUACACGCUCUCCAUCCGAGCUCUUCUCUAGGAAUCCGACAGGCCUGCCGCCCGCCGAAUUGCCUGACACGCCGUUCAACUCCAUGUGGGGAAGCCGCAUCGCGAGCUGUGAGAGGCCCAGUCUGCGCACCCGGCCUGGCUCGUAUUGCGCAGUUUCACCAGACCGUUUCUACCAUGGUGCCGUAUGCUGCUGCCCUGCGCUCGACGUGGUCCGGUCUCGACGUCCCUCUGAUGCCAGCCCUGCUCCCAGGUUGACGCCUUUCCAGCACCCUCGAUCACGCCUAACGAGGUAA